CAUUCUCAAUAGUUUCUCAAAGCCGAGUACAUUCAACGCAUGUGGCCAAAGUACAAGUUCGAGAGACUUGUUGAUUAUAGGAACUCAGCCACAUCAACUCUUCCUAAUUCAAAUAAAAAUCCCUCACUCAACAGAUAAUCCUACGAUUAAAGAGGAAAAGUUGUGCGACUGAGAGACACAGAGUGAGGGAUUUUUUUAUCAGCAUUCUCCAAAUACUUUUCAGUACAUGUUAACUCCCGGCCUGAAACUGUUAAUCUUAUCGGUGAGUGCUAGACUUUUAAUCAUUUGCCUCACUAUCCAUUGUAACAGUCUUAUUGUGAGCUUCAAUAUGAACGGAUUUCACAAGAAGGAAACCAACCCACCGGAUGUUACACCAGUGGUUGCUGAAAAUGAUACUCCAUCAGUGGAAAAUCCAGAAUUUCCCCGAAAUAGAAGGCUAUUCAAGGAUUCCACCGGUGACGUCCUCCGGGAAAUGGCUCUUAAGCGUGUCCAAGAACGUGUGGAGAUUCUACAGAGUGAGAUUAGUCGCGAUGUGGAUCGUCGAUUGGGCAUCAUGGGUGAGCAGCUGAUAAACGAAAUGAAGCGAUUCGACUUAAACAUCACAGAACUUAGAAGUCUCUUCAGGGAUGAGAAACUCAUGUCCAAUCGAAAGGAAUCGGAGAAGAAAAAUGUGCUACCCGAAAAGCAAUUUAUGAACAGGAAUUCCCUGCUAACGGAUCUCUUUGAAGUGAAGCACAUUAAAACUAUAUACAACCUCUUCGUAGUCUUCAUGAUCAUCAUGUUCUUGAACACUGUGGUCGGAGAUUUAGUUGCAGAUGGAAGGAUCAACCUGGGUUUGUCUCCAAUUAAAGUGGGUUUUGGUCGAUUCCAUCUCUCUCUGCUUGUAUGGUGUGGGAUGCAGACGACUGUGACCCUUAUGUACUAUUUCUUCAAGUUCUGGGCUGCUGGUCACUAUGAUCUUCGUACAAAGGAAGAGUACCAAAAACUUUGGAACAAUACUUUCAUAGUGGGAUACCUUUGCUACCUCAUUGCCUUUAUCAGUGGAUCUAUUCGGGCAGUCCUUUACUUUGACUUACCUCCAGCCUCAUCAUUGGCUGCUCUCUUGGAAAUGUGCCGUUUAGCUAUGAAAACUCAUGCUUACGUCAGAUCAAACAUCCCAAAAGUUCUGACAGGAAAGAUCAAGAGUGAUGAAGAUCUAAAGAAACCAGCUCCAGUACUUCCGUCCUUCAAAACUUUUCAGUACUUUUUUUUCUGUCCGACACUCAUCUACAGAGAUUCUUACCCAAGAACCAAGGAAAUUCGCUGGAAAGUGGCAUUUUUUCACUUCCUGGACGUCAUUGGUGUCAUCCUCUACCUCAGCUUUAUUUUUGAACGUGUUCUCCUGCCUAAUUUCAACCAAUUUGGCGAUAAUGAAAUUGAUCUGAGUACCUUGGUACUUUCCAUUUUUGGCUCAAUGAUGCCUGGUACAAUCAUCUUUAUCUUGGGCUUCUAUUGUCUCCUUCACGCGUGGCUCAAUGGAUUUGCGGAAGUUCUACGUUUUGGAGAUCGUAUGUUCUACCAAGAUUGGUGGAAUUCAACGUCGUUCUCUAUGUACUACAGGAAAUGGAAUGUUGUAGUACACGAUUGGCUCUACACGUAUAUCUACAAGGAUCUCUACGAGAACGUAUUUUGCGGAAAUAGAGUUGCUGCAACAAGUGCAGUUUUUGUCAUAUCUGCAAUUUUUCAUGAAAUUGUCCUCAUUUUCGCCUUUAGAUUCUUCUACCCAGUUCUUUUUAUCCUUUUCGCUGGAACUGGAACAUUCCUAAUGGCUCUGGGUCAGAGAUAUCCCAAAGCCUUUGGAAACAUACUCAUGUGGCUGUCACUAUUUAUUGGCAAUGGUAUCAACUUCAGCCUCUACACCAUGGAGAGCUAUGCGAGGCGAAAUUGUCAAUAUGAGGAUACUACUUGGAACUUCUUUGUUCCAAUUUCUUGGUCAUGCAAUGGGGUUAAACUCAAUCCAAAUUGGAGCAUUCAGAAUCCAUUUGCGUAGUUUACAUUUCUAAUAGGGAGUGCACCUUUAGAAAAAUCUAUCUCAGAGUAAAGGACUUCAAAUACAUAAUAGUCAACUCACCAAAUAGCCUUAAAUAUUUUUUGUACAAUUUUUUUGUCAUAUUAAAUAAAAAUUACUUUUAUUUCACCUAAUAAAA